GCCAUUGGUCCCAGUAUCAGUGUACUCAGUACACAGCUCUUGAUAAGAAUUAAUACAAUUAUUAUGCUUAUUGAAGUGAAAUAAGGCAUUGAUUUGUCUUGUUUUGGUUAUGGGGUCGGAUAUGUGUACAAAACACCUGGUAAAAUUAACUGAGCUUCUUGCUAAAUUUGAACGUGAACCCAAAGAGAUAAAAGGAAUCCGUAUCACCAACUGGUUCCGAAGAGGAGAGGAUAUAUUUGAAGAACUCUUCAACCUCGGUCAUAGCGAGGCCUGGAAAUACGCAGGAGUUAGAACCAAUAACAAGACUACCGAAGUAAUUGCGAAAAUCAAAAACAAUAAGGGCUGGUUGGAAAGUUUUAUUACACUCUAUCCAAAUUCUCGCAUCAAUUUAGAUUUAGUCGGUUCCGCUGACGACAUUUGUAAAGUACGAUCCGGAAUCGAGGUUUUGAUGAAAGGCUUUUGCAACAUAAACAGUGAUUUUGACAAAGUACUAAAAGAUCUUGAAGAGUUGGGUGAAGUUGACGAAUUUGAUCAGCGCCUGAAGCUGUGGAUUGAAACGGGACAUCGUCCUGAUUUUAAAGAAAAACCUUCAGGUUUGUCUCAAGACCACUGGUGGUGGUUUUAGAUAAUUUGUGUUGAAAGAGAGAUCACUGAUUGAAUAGUAAAUAUGGAUGUCGACGAAGAUAAAUGGAUUGGUGUAGCUAUUGACAACGUGGAUAAAUAUUUACACAGAGGUGGCGAAGGAAAGGGCGAUGAACCACAAUUCAUUGGAGGAACUGAGUUGUUGAAUACCAUUGGGAUGGCUAUGGGGUUGCCGAUCCGUGACCCGACCACCUGGUCCGAACGGGAAAUGGAGCAAGCUCUCCGCGGCGAAUUAGUUUUCUUCGAGGGACAAUCAUUGAAAGCUAUAAACGCAAUAGCUGACACAAUUGUCAACUGUUGUGAUGGAGAUAAUAAAAAUCAUGUAACUGUAAUACCCAUCGAAUUGUAUUACGAAAAAAAGCUGUACGAACUACCGAUAUUCAGAGUGCAUAGAUACAGGGAUUCCCAAAAAUACUACGUAGAUAAUGCUGGGAGGUAUUACAAGAGUUUUAAUGACUGGUACGAUAACAGUAAAUUACCACCGUGCAAAAUGCUGUACCCCAAUCAACUUCGUCUAGAGUAUAGACCUAAUUAUAAAUAUUCCCAUUGCUUUGUUAGAGAUACACCAUCGGCAAGGCUGGGAUCAAAGGCAGCAAGGCACGUUGAUACUGUUAGUGCUGUUGCAGGAAUAUCAUCAGGAGUGGGUUUGCUAUUUGCGAGCGGAGGUCUCGCGACACCCUUAGUGGUAGUGGGAGUUGCGAGCGCACUCUGGGGCACAGGUCGAGCCUCAAAUCAAUUAAUAGAUAAAGCCACGCACGGUGAAUCUAUUAACCCAUUUACGGACUCAGAAUCUAGAAUGCUGUGGCUGGGUGUUGCUGCUAACAUCGCAAGCUUCGGUGCCAUGGGUGCGACCAUGAGAUUAACUUCAUUAGCGGCACGUGGCCGAGAAAUAUCAAGUGCAUUGAAAAUAUUAACAAACGUAGCUAAUGGUACAAAUCUCACUAUCAGCACAGUAGCCAUUAUAAACAAUACGAUAUACUUGGCCGUUAAUUAUGACAAAUUGUCACCAGCAGACGUUCUCUUUCAUGUAGCUUCAAUUGCGUUCUGGACAAAAGGUGUCUACUCAUAUAAGACAGCCAGCACAAUAAUUGCUGACGCACACAACCAAGCUUUUGACCAGAUAAGCAAAGAGUUAUCUCCCGAACAAAGAAAUGAACUGCAAGAGGUAAGAAAUAGAGUUCAGAAUGAUGGAAAUCUUUUACGGCAAUUUAUAUCAGCGUCGCAAAAGAAUAUACCCAUACAAGAGUAUUCCCAAUUUUUGAUUGAUGGUUUGCAAUAUUACGAUACUUUGGCCAAUAUGAGCCCAGAACAAAUUGAGGCUUUUGCGAGUUUACGCAAUUUCAUUAAAGACGAUUUAAGACUCCUCUCCGGACUCAGAAGAGUGUCAACAGCGACAAACUUAAACAGGCAAGACACUCUAGAACUAGUGCUAAGGAUGUGGCAAUCGAACACAGAGUUAAACUUUUCAGGAACCAGUGAUAUCAAGUUAGCCGGUGGCAACUUAGUGUUAGGAAGUGCACCACCGAUCAGAAUAACCCAAAUGCCAGAGUUAUCAGCUUCUUUGAUAAGAUUCUUCGGGGAACAUUUAAGUAAAAUAGAAACUAGCACGACGCGCCAGUGGUCGGUGGCCGAGUUACUGACGCUCCAGAGCCGCGGGUUGUUCACUCUAUGUACUGUAACUGGAGUCUACAAAGGUGGCCACUCCAUCGUCACUUUAAAUGGUCAAUUGCAGGUCAGCAUAAAGACGUUAUUGACUUAUCCGGCUGCUGUUUGCGAAUCAAUGAUGAAACUUGUUGGUAAUCUAAAACCUGAUCAAUGCACAUCGGCUUCCAAGUUACCUCCUGAUGUAGUCAAACUGUGCGUUGCGCAACACAGACUGCGCUUUGAAAUUCACCGAAAGGAAAGUAUUGAAUGGGUGACAGAAAUUGUAAAAGGGUACAACGAGCUGACUAAUAUAGCAAAGUCAAAGCUUCUACCACACGAAAAAGAUAGAUUGUAUACAUUCAAAACGGCUGUUAAGACGAACCAAGCGGAUAUAUACAUGGGAGAUAUGGUGAAAUUUGUUGCAGACAUGAAGCCCGUGAAUGUUAGUGAAUUGGUCGCGUACUGUGAAUUCGUCAUGACAUACGUCGAUGAAGCUAUGGCUAAUAUUGAGAGUGAUCUGCGAAGUGGCGCGAAGCAGCUCCCUCGAAAUGCAAAGAAAAGUGUCUGGAAAAGAGAACUAGCGCGGGAGGAAGUAUUCCGUGAUCCAACAGCCCUGAAACAAAAAUUCAACGAAUUGAUUUCGAUCGUCGAGAAUAACGACAUGGUUGGUGUGACUGCGCUUGAGAAAGACCUACCGAAUGACAGAUUGAUAGAAGCUAUACGUUCCAAUAGGAUAAAAUUCGGUGGAAAAGUAUCUGCAGCUUACCAUAUUUUUAAACACGCCACGGAUCCACCAUCUGCGUAUAUAGAUCAAGCUAAUAAUACCAUUAGGUCUCCUUCUAGUAGUUAUAAGAUAACGCUAGGACAAGAGGGUGAUACCAGACUUAUUACAUUUACCGACGACUCUGGAACUUGCUUCGUUCUUGAGAAAGAUGGCCGCGUAUUGCUUUGCUCCUUUGCACAGGGUUGGAGGUAGACAUUACGUGAUGUCAUCAUAUUGUAAUCUUUUUUUUCGCUCGAAACGGUGAAAAGUUUGUCUUAUUUUUUUGUGAAUUCUAUAAAAAACUUACUACACAGUGGUGAGUUUUUUGUUAUCUUUUACUGUGUUUUUCUUACAUAAUCUUUAUUUUGUUAUCAUUUUUAAUAUUUUAUAUUAUGUACUUUUGUGUAAGUAAGUAAAUAAUAUAUUUUCAUAACAUAGAAAUAAGCGUAAUCUAUAACCAUAAAUUUAAGUAAGCAUUGUAUAACAAAAGCUUAAUAAAAUUUUUACUUUUGCAUA